GGGAGCGGGCCCGCCUCAUCUUCAUCCUUGUCCUCCAGCUUUUCCUCCGCGUCCGACGCAACCGGCAGCAGCGCUGCCGCCGCGUCCUCUGCGACCGCCCCGUCUUCCCACGUCCUUCGAUUAUUUAGGUUGUUCCAAAAGUGUUCAGCCAAGUUACUGAUCCAAGAGCUAAAGACAUUUAAAUUGAGCCUUUUCUCAAGAGAUCUUGAAUCUGCAAUCUAGUAGACAGAACGCAGAGAGAUCCCCUCGUUGGCUGAGUACUCUGCUGAGACGACCUCCAGUUCCAGGCUGCUUAGGGUCUCGCUUCCAAAGGAUGUGAUCUUCGUGGUGGAAAACUAAGUCUUUAAACUACCCCAAUGGAUGCAGACAGUGAUGUUGCAUUGGACAUUCUAAUUACAAAUGUAGUCUGUGUUUUUAGAACAAGAUGCCAUUUGAACUUGAGGAAGAUUGCUUUGGAGGGAGCAAAUGUCAUUUAUAAGCGUGACGUUGGAAAAGUAUUAAUGAAGCUUAGAAAACCUAGAAUUACAGCUACAAUUUGGUCCUCAGGAAAAAUUAUUUGCACUGGAGCAACAAGUGAAGAAGAAGCUAAAUUUGGUGCCAGACGUUUAGCCCGUAGUCUGCAGAAACUAGGUUUUCAGGUAAUUUUUACAGAUUUUAAGGUUGUGAAUGUUUUGGCAGUUUGUAACAUGCCCUUUGAAAUCCGUUUGCCAGAAUUCACCAAGAACAAUAGACCUCAUGCCAGCUAUGAACCUGAACUUCAUCCUGCCGUGUGCUAUCGGAUAAAAUCUCUGAGAGCUACAUUACAGAUAUUUUCAACAGGAAGCAUCACAGUGACAGGGCCCAACGUAAAGGCAGUGGCCACUGCUGUGGAGCAGGUCUACCCAUUUGUGUUCGAAAGCAGGAAGGAAAUUUUAUAACUCACACUUCAUUGGUUAGUCUCUAACUGAGCACCUUGAAACCUGCUGCACAUUGGACUCAAAACACAAGGACAACUGGACCAACAGUGACCGAGGGAGUAGACUCCACUCACGGCUACAGUGUAAGCUCCAGUCCCUUUGGAUUUUACUUCAAACUUUGCUGUAAUAUAAAAAGGAAGUUUACAAGACAUGACGUUGCUGCUUUUACAAAAGGACAUUCUAUUUAUUUUCGCAGUAAUUCUCAUGUCCCCACAGGCAGAGCUGUCACAGUGUGCACUACCUUAAAAAAUUGUUUUAUUGUUGUCAUUAUUUUCCCAGUUUGAGCUGAUGUGUUUAUUUGUGAAUAGUCUUUUACAUUUUUGUAUGCUGAAUAUGGGCACCAAAGAACUUGUAAAAGUUAUCUUUUUCAAUUGAGUGCACAAAUAAAAGUUUGGAAAAGA